UGGGACGGCAGGUGAGGCGGCCUCCCUAGUCCCUGUGUGUGUGUGUGUGUGUGUGUGUGUAUCCGCCCGCGCCAGGUGCUCCGAUCCGAGGGCAGGGGAGGAGGGUGGGCAUCACAGGAACCCUGGGCUGGGGUCCGCUGCCCGAGGGCUCUCCAGACCGGUGCUGGAUGCUGGUCUCUGCUCUGAGUCUGCCCCUGGCCAGCUCCUGGCCUGCGGAAAUCUCCACCGGGCCCCAUUUGGGCCUCGAUGGAGCUCUUCCUGCCGCCUUCGCAGCCGUCUCUGUUGCUGCUAUCGCUGUUGCUGCUGCUACCCGCGGUGCCCGCGGUGUCCGGGUUGCCCGUGGUGGGCGGGUCCUGGCAGUGCCCGCGCACCCCCUACUCUGCCUCCCGCAACUUUGACGUGAAGUACGUGGUGCCCAGCUUCUCCGCCGGCGGGCCGGUACAGGCCCUUUUGACCUACGAAGGCGGAGAGGAAGGAAGUGCUGUGUUCGUGGCCACGCGCAAUCGCCUGCAUGUGCUUGGGCCUGGCCUACAGCCUGUCGAGAGCCUGGCUACCGGCCCUGCUGGGGACCCUGACUGUCAGACGUGCGCGGCCUGUGGCCCGGACCCCCACAGUGCAGCAGGGGACACAGAUGCAAAGGUGCUGGUGCUGGAGCCGGCACUGCCCGCACUGGUCAGCUGCGGCUCCAGCCUGCAUGGCCGCUGCUUCCUGCAUGAACUGGAGCUUGACGGAACCACCCUGCACCUGGCUCCGCCAGCCUGCCUCUUCUCUGCCCGCCACAAUCGGCCUGAGGAUUGCCCCGACUGUGUGGCCAGCCCUCUGGGCACCCUCGUGACCGUGGUCGAGCGGGGCCAUGCCUCCUACUUCUACGUGGCAUCCUCACUGGACGCGGAGGUGGCCGCCAGCUUCAGCCCACACUCGGUGUCUAUCCGGCGCCUCAAAGCCGAUGCCUCAGGAUUCGCUCCAGGUUUUGCAGCUCUGUCAGUGCUACCUGCGCACCUCGCUUCCUACCGCAUCGAAUACGUGUACAGCUUCCACGCAGGAGCCUUUGUCUAUUUCCUGACCGUGCAGCCAGCCAGCGUGGCAGCUGCUCCUGGAGCCUUACACACGCGCCUGGCCCGGCUCAGCACGGGCGAGACCAGCCUGGGCAGCUACCGCGAGCUGGUCCUCGACUGCCGUUUUGCGCCUAAACGCCGGCGACGCGGGACCUCUGAGGGCGGGCAUCCUUACCCGGUGCUGCGGGCGGCCCACACGGCUAUGGUGGGCGGCCGACUUGCCGCUGAACUGAGCAUCACCGAAGGCCAGGAAGUGCUAUUUGGGGUCUUUGCGACUAGCAGAGACAGCAACCCUGGUGUGAGUCCCAGCUCUGUCGUCUGUGCCUUCCCCAUUGACCUGCUGGACACUCUCAUUGAGCGGGGUGUGGAAAGCUGUUGUGAGCCUCCGGUCCACCCGGGUCUCCGGCGAGGCCUCGACUUCUUCCAGUCGCCCAGUUUGUGCCCCAACCCGCCUGGCCUCGAGGCCCCCAGCCCCAACAACAGCUGCCGCCACUUCCCUCUGCUGGUCAGCAGAAGCCUCUCACGUGUGGACCUGUUCAAUGGGCUGUUAGGACAAGUGCAGGUCACUGCGCUGUAUGUGACGCACCUCAACAAUGUUACGGUGGCCCACAUGGGCACGACUGAUGGGCGCAUCUUACAGGUGGAGCUGGCCAGGUCUCUCAACUACUUGCUGUAUGUAUCCAACUUCUCACUGAGCAGCAAUGGGCAGCCCAUGCAACGGGAUGUCAGUCGCCUUGGGGACCACCUGUUCUUUGCCUCUGGGGACCAGGUCUUCCAGGUACCUAUCCAGGGCCCUGGCUGCCACCACUUCCUCACCUGUGGGCGAUGUCUGCGGGCACAGCGUUUCAUGGGCUGUGGCUGGUGUGGGGGCAUGUGUGGCCGGCAGAAGGAGUGUCCUGGCUCUUGGCAACAGGACCAUUGCCCACCCGAGCUUACUGAGUUCCAUCCCCACAAUGGACCCCUAAGGGGCAGCACUAAGCUGACCCUGUGCGGCUCUAACUUCUACCUACACCCUGCGGGUCUGGUGCCUGAAGGCACCCAUCAGAUCACCGUGGGCCAAAGUCCCUGCCGACUGCUGCCCAAGGACAGUUUAAACCGCAGCCCACUUUCCUGGAAAGGCUUUGUAGAGGAGCUUGAAUGUGAGCUGGAGCCCGUGGGCACACAGGCAGCCGGGCCUGCUAACAUCAGCCUCAACGUGACUGACAUGCCACCGGGCAAGCACUUCCGGGUAGAUGGCACCUCCAUGAUACAAGGCUUCUCUUUCAUGGAGCCAGUGCUGAAGGAAGUACAACCCCUCUUUGGCCCACGGGCAGGGGGCACCCGUCUCACCCUGAAGGGCAAGGGCCUGUCUAUAGGUACCAGCCGGGCUGUACUGGUCAAUGGGACUGAGUGCCCACUGGAAUGGAUCAGCGAUGAAGAGCUUUUAUGUGCUACACCUCCCAGCACUGCCUUGGCCAGCAUUCCCAUUCGCCUGCAGGUGGGGGGCGCCGAGGUGCCUGGCUCCUGGACCUUUAACUACCUAGAAGAUCCCGUCGUGCUGGGCAUCAGUCCUAAUUGUGGCUACGCCGGCUCCCAUGUCACCGUCCGUGGCCGACAUCUGACUUCAGUGUGGCACCUAGUGCUGUCAUUCUAUGACGGACUUGAGGCAGUAGAAAACAGGUGUGAGGGGCAGCUCCCGGAGCAGCAUUGGUGCCGCCUGCCCGAAUAUGUGGUCCGAAGCCCCCAGGGGUGGGAGACAGGGAGCCUGAGUGCCCGGGGGGAUGGAGCCGCUGGCUUCACACUUCCUGGCUUUCGCUUCCUGCCCCCACCCCAUCCACCCAGCACAGACCUGGCCCCACUGAAGCCCGAGGAGCAUGUCAUUAAGUUCCAGUACAUUGGGCUAGGAGCUGUGGCUGAUUGUGUGGGUGUGAACGUGACUGUGGGUGGUGAGAGCUGCAAGCACGAGCUCCGGGGGGAUGUGGUCAUCUGCCCCCUGCCCGCCUCCCUGCAACUGGACAAGGAUGGCGCCCCACUGCAGGUGUGUGUAGAUGGUGAAUGUCACAUCCUGGGCAGAGUGGUGCGGCCAGACCCAGAAGGGAUCCCACAGGGGAUGCUCCUAGGUGUCCUGCUGGCCCUGCUCCUGCUUGUGGCUACACUGGCCACCGCAUUGGUCUUCAAUUACCGGCGGAGGAGGCAGCUAGUCCUUUCUCUGAACCUGGAUGACCCAGCCUCCUUGGACCAAACCACUAGAGCCACACCUCUGCCUGUGUUCCAUUCAGGCUCUGACUACAGAAAUGGCCUUGGUGAGAUGGCAGAGGUGCUGGAAGCUGGGGCCAUAUCCUCUGCCCGAGAAGACCCUCACUCCCUCUCCUCCACAGCAGCCCCUGCUGUGGAUGGUCUGUGUUCCACCACUUGGGUCCACAGAGCAUCCUUUUCAGACAGCAGGGAUGGGUCCUGUAUCCCACUGCUGCAGACAAAGUCCAUCCAGCUGGGAGUCCUGGACUCUGCACUCCUGGCUGAGGUCAAGGAUGUGCUGAUUCCCCAUGAGCGAGUAGUCACCCACAGUGACCGAGUCAUUGGCAAAGGCCACUUUGGAGUUGUCUACCACGGAGAAUACACAAACGAGGCCCAGAAUCGGAUCCACUGUGCCAUCAAGUCGCUGAGUCGCAUCACAGAGCUGCAGGAGGUGGAGGCCUUCCUGCGUGAGGGGCUGAUCAUGCGCGGCCUGCACCACCCAAACGUGCUGGCUCUCAUCGGUAUUGUGCUGCCACCCGAAGGGCUGCCCUGGGUGCUGCUGCCCUAUAUGCGCCACGGAGACCUGCUCCAGUUCAUCCGCUCACCCCAGCGGAACCCCACAGUGAAGGACCUCAUCAGCUUCGGCCUGCAGGUAGCCCGUGGCAUGGAGUACCUAGCAGAACAGAAGUUUGUGCACCGGGACCUGGCUGCUCGGAACUGCAUGCUGGAUGAGUCAUUCACAGUCAAAGUGGCUGACUUCGGCCUGGCCCGUGGCGUCUUGGACAAGGAAUACUACAGCGUUCAACAGCACCGCCAUGCUCGCCUGCCUGUCAAAUGGAUGGCCCUGGAGAGCCUGCAGACCUACAAAUUCACCACCAAGUCUGAUGUGUGGUCGUUUGGUGUGCUGCUAUGGGAGCUGCUGACCCGGGGUGCCCCACCAUAUCCCCACAUUGACCCUUUUGACCUCACUCAGUUCCUGGCCCAGGGUCGCCGCCUGCCCCAGCCUGAGUAUUGCCCUGAUUCUCUGUACAAAGUGAUGCAGUGCUGCUGGGCAGCGGACCCUGCGGCACGACCCACCUUUGGAGCACUAGCAGGAGAAGUAGAGCAGCUGGCGGCAGCUCUGCGUGGGGACCACUACGUGCAGCUGCCUGCAGCCUACGUGAACCUGGGCCUUGGCAUCUCGGAAGAGGCAAAUGUGCCGCUAGAACAGUCACCGUCCACACCUGUGCACCGGCGCACUGCGCGGCCCCGGCCCCUCUCAGAGCCAACACUACCCACGUGACUUCAGCCUUAGGUGGGCCCUGAGGGGCCGGACCUCCAUAGCCCCUCCGGGGGGUUAAUUCCACGCUGCCUCUGGGCCACGCCAAGGGAGGGGGUGGCCUGAGCUGCCCCCUGCCACAUCCCUGCUCCUUAACAUUCAGGAGCUAUAGAAGAGAAGCAGGGCACAUUGGCCCCUCACUGCACAGAGGGUGCCAGUGAGGGUGAUCCUGGAUGCAGCGAGUACUUAUGGAGCGCCAGCUGUGUGCCUGGCACACUGGGCAUCAGGGACUCAACGGUGACCAGACAAUGACCCAUGAACCAGUAAAUUAAACAAAUAACUCUUUA